GUGCGCCCGCCAUGGCGCAGGCCGCGCCCGCGCCCCAUCGCACCCACUCCUUCGCCAAGAAGACCUUCCACAAGCCCACCUACUGCCAUCAUUGCUCCGACCUGCUGUGGGGGCUCAUCGGCCAGGGCUACGGCUGCGAAGUGUGCAACUUCAUUGUGCACGAGCGAUGCGUGGGGCAAGUGGUGACGCCGUGCUGUGGGGUGGCGCCGAGCCUUAUCAAGAACCCAGUGGCCCACUGCUGGUCGGAGCCGGCACACCACAAGCGCAAGUUCUGCACGGUGUGUCGCAAGCGGCUCGAUGAACUGCCAGCUUUACAUUGUAUGAUAUGCGAGUACUACGUGCACGGAGAGUGCGUGGACUUCGCGGCAGCGGACUGCAAGGAGAACGCGACGUACUGCGCGGGCAGCGAGCCGCGACACGUCCACCACUGGCGAGAGGGCAACUUGCCGCCUAACUCCAAGUGCGCCGCCUGCCGCCGCGCCUGCUGGUCUGCCGAGUGCCUCACCGGCUACCGCUGCGAGUGGUGUGGCAGCACGUGCCACGCCGGCUGCCGUGCGCUUAUCCCGGAAGAAUGCAACUUCGGCAUGCUGCAGCCGAUAUUCCUGCCCCCUUCGGCGGUGUCCAUCCCGCGGACGGAGGUGCCUAUGGAGGCUAUCAUCGGCGUGCACGUGCGGCCCCCGCCCUCGCAGCGAGACUUCGGCUGCCCGCGGGAGCACCGCGGCGGCUGGGGCGGCGCACGGCUGGCGCGGCUGGCGCGGCGGCUGCUGCCGGCCGCCUGCAGCCCGCACGGCGGCGCUUCGCCCCCCUACUCCAGAGCGCGCAGCAUCAGCGAGGAGUUCAGCUCGGGCUGCGAAGGCCGCUCGGGCUCCGGCGGCGGCUCGACCGGAGCACCCGCAGACCAGGACCACCGGCCUGACCACAAGCAACAUCGCGACAGGACCCCCGAUGAUAGGGAUGAAGAGGUGGUGAAAGUGUACGACGGCGAGGCGGCGUGGUCGCGCCGACUGUACCGGCCCGUGGUGGUCGGCCGGAACUGGAACGAGCGCGAGCUGGUCUCCGCGGCGCUGCGGGCCUUCCACGUGGCCCGCGACCCCGAGCAAUUCGAGCUGACGGACGCCCUCGCCGGCGACGAGCCUCCUCUCAAAGACCCAACUCCCCUCGCGAGGGUCACUAGACUACCUAACAAGAGGCCCGCUCUGUUCCUACGAUUCAAGGAGCCGGAGAGUGGCGGGGGUGAGGUGCGCGUGUACCCUGGCCGUGUGGCGGGCGCGGGCGAUACUUUCGUGACGGUAGCUUGCUCGGGCGAGCACGCCGUCGCCGAUCUAAUGGCGGCCGCUCUAGACCGCUUCGGCCUCGAUCCCGAACGCGCAGUGCACGACUACCGCUGCUCUGAGAUACUGCUCGAUCGCGGAGUAUCUGAGCGGGUGCUGGAGGAGGACGAGCGCCCGUGGCGCAUCGUGGUGCGGCUGGCGCGCGAGUCUGUGCGGCGCAUGGAGCUGGCGCGGUUCUACCUGCAGCCACGCCGCGACCCGCACGGCCCCACACUCGCACUCUUCGUCGCCUCACUACCUCCGGGACUCUCUGAACGCAACUACGAGAACAUACUCGUCGAAUUCCUCGGCACUGAGAACAAGUUCACAUCGAUCGGGCCCAUUUACUACGAGUACGGGUCGAUGGUGAUCACAUACGAGGACGCGAGCAAGGCGGUGCGCGCGUUGUACGCGCUGCGGGAGGCCAAAUAUGAAGACAAACAUUUAUUAGUGAUGUUACUACCUAGUAUAGAGCCGUCUAUGGUGCCGGCGGGCGUGAAGCCGUUGCUGGUGUUCGUGAACGUCAAGUCCGGUGGCUGCCAAGGCCUGGAGCUCAUCUCCUCUUUCCGGAAGCUCCUCAACCCCUACCAGGUGUUCGACCUCGAGAACGGUGGACCUCUACCCGGACUGUACGUGUUCCGACACAUCCCCAACUACAAGAUCCUGGUGUGCGGCGGCGACGGCACCAUCGGCUGGGUGCUGCAGUGUCUCGACAACGUGGGCCAGGACUCGCAGUGCUCCAACCCACCCUGCGCCAUUGUGCCCCUCGGCACCGGUAACGAUUUGGCUCGCGUGUUGCGCUGGGGCUCGGGCUACACGGGAUGCGAGGACCCGCUGUCACUGCUGCGUGACGUCAUCGAGGCGGAGGAAAUCCGCCUCGACCGGUGGACGGUCGUCUUCCACCCCGAGGACAAGCAGGACGAGCCCAAAGAACUCUCCAAGCAGCUGCCAGCGUCUGUGACCACAGGGUCGCAGAGUGAGGACAACUCGCAGAUCCUCGUCAUGAACAACUACUUCGGCAUCGGUAUCGAUGCCGAUCUCUGCCUCGACUUCCACAACGCCAGGGAGGAGAACCCCAACAAGUUUAACAGCAGAUUACGCAAUAAGGGCGUGUACGUGAAGAUGGGUCUACGCAAGAUGGUGGGCCGCAAGAUGUGCAAGGACCUGCACAAGGCGGUGCGGCUGGAAGUAGACGGCCGGCCAGUCGACCUGCCUGCUGUGGAGGGCAUCAUCAUACUUAACAUACUCAGCUGGGGCUCGGGCGCAAACCCUUGGGGUCCGGAGAAGGAUGACCAGUUCAACAAGCCCAACCACUGGGACGGUAUGCUGGAGGUUGUCGGCGUCACCGGCGUCGUGCAUCUCGGCCAGAUACAGUCCGGUCUGCGCGGCGCCAUGCGGAUAGCACAGGGCGGACACAUAAAGAUAAACCUGAAGAGCGAGAUCCCGGUGCAGGUGGACGGUGAGCCGUGGGUGGCGGCGCCCAGCGAGGUGGUCGUGCUCAAGUCCGCCCUCAAGGCCACGAUGCUGAAGAAGCGCGGCAAGGUGCGCCGCCGCAGCACCGAGCCCAGCCUACCGCCGCCGCCGCCGCCUCCGCCGCCGCCGCCGCCGCCGCUCCCGCCCGACUCCUGAAUCUGGCUCAGCGAGCGCCUCAUCUGACGCCGCCCCGGGCUCAGGGCCGCGGAGGCGCUCGCCACUCCCUAUCCGUAGUCGUAGUCAUUUCAUAACUUAAAAACCUCUGUAAAUAAAACUUAAAAAAAAACAACAAAUAAUAUAUAACUUAAUGAACAAAUAAAUUUAUAGUCAUUAGUCGUUGUUUCAUUUCUAGACGGGUAUAUUUGAUGAUGUGUAUAAAUAAACGUUUCAAUAUGUAAAUAUGGUUUUAUUUUAUUUUCGCCUUGUGUGGGAAAUGUAUGAAAUAUGUAUGUAUGUGCCCGUCUAAUGUAUGUAUGGACAAAUGUACUCGUAGAUGCUAGUCCGUCAUAGUUAUGUCAUAGGAUAGAUUUGGUUAUAGUUUUUGUCUUCUAAUUUUACUAUUACAAUUCUAGACUGAUUGUAAAUUGCUGAACUUUAUUGAAUACUAAAUCUUGUUUACAUUACCUCUAUAA